AUGGCUGAAGCGCAACUUACUCCCGAAGUCACCUGGGCCCAGCGCUCCUCCUCGAGCGACCCCGAAAAGAACUUCGUCUACCUUACUAUCGUCGUCCCCGACGUCCCCCAGGACAACCUCAAGCUCGACAUCAAGGACCAGGGCCUCACCUUCACCGGCCGCUCCGACUCGCUCAAGAAGACGUACCACCUCGAGCUCGAGCUCUACGGCGUCAUCGACCCGGACAAGACAAAGGUACACCACACCGGCAUGAAGAUCGAGAUUAAGCUGCAGAAGAAGGAGCUCAAGGAGGAGUACUGGCCUCGUCUUCUCAAGGACUCUAAGAAGGUCCAUUUCCUCAAGACCGACUUUGAUAGGUGGGUCGAUGAGGAUGAGCAGGAUGAGGCUGCUGAUGAGGACUUCUCCAAGUUCGGUGACAUGGCCGGCAUGCCAGGAAUGGGAGGAAUGGGAGGAGACUUCGGCAACAUCGACUUCUCCCAGCUCGGCGGCGCCUUAGGAGGAGGCGCCGGCGCCGGAGCCGACGACGAUGAUGACGAUGACGACGAUGACAUGCCCCCUCUCGAAGGCGAGGACGAAGCGAAGGACGAGCCCAAGGCUGACAAGCCCGCCGACAAAUAA